ACGCCCCUUUAACCACACGGACUGCUGGGAUAUCGGAGGACUGUACAGUGGCGGUGUGAUGGCUGCUGUGCUGUAGGUUGGAAGCGAGUGUUAAUUAUACAGUUCCUUAACAACAACUACAAUUGAGUCAGGAUUAGGGUGCCAAAGGCAGUGCAGGGUGCCAGCAUGUGGCACGAAGCCCGGAAGCAUGAGCGAAAGCUGCGUGGGAUGAUGGUGGAUUAUAAGAGACGGGCUGAGCGCCGCAGGGAGUUCUAUGAGAAAAUUAAAAAGGACCCCGCGCAGUUCCUGCAGGUCCAUGGGCGGGCCUAUAAAAUCCACCUGGACUCUGCAGUGGCCCUGGCUGCUGAGAGCCCGGUCAACAUGAUGCCUUGGCAAGGGGAUGCAAACAACAUGAUAGACCGCUUUGAUGUCCGAGCGCACCUGGAUUACAUCCCCAAAUACACUCCACCUCUCAUAAGUACUGUGAGCUCGGAGCAGGAGUCGGACGAGAGGAAGUGUAACUAUGAGAGAUACAGAGGGCUGGUGCAGAACGACUUUGCUAGCAUCUCUGAGGAGCAGUGUCUGUACCAGAUCUACAUGGAUGAGCUCUACGGGGGGCUGCAGAAACCCAACGAGGAGGAGAAGAAGAAGCUGGCUGAGAAGAAGGUGUCAAUUGGGUAUACCUAUGAGGACAGCACUGUGACUGAGGCAGACAGCCCGUCUGAUAAGGGGGAGGACGAGGACUCGGACAACAGCGAGACAGACGAGGACGAAGAAAUCCCAGACAUCGAUGUGGAGGUGGAUGUGGAUGAGUUGGCUGAGGAGCAGGUGCUGGAAGUGAACAAGCUGGCCACCUCCUACGGCAUGGCAGAGGGAGACUUUGUCAGAAUGCUUCGGAAAGACAAACAGGAGGUUGAAGCAAUAAAACACGCUAAAGCCCUGGAGGAGGAGAAAGCCAUGUACUCAGGUCGGCGGUCCCGUAGACAGAGACGGGAGUUCAGAGAGAAGAGGCUGAAAGGCAGGCAGAUCAGCCCCCCCAGCUAUGCCAGAAGAGACAGCCCGACCUACGAUCCCUAUAAAAGGUCUCCGUCUGAGUCGAGCUCGGGGUCCCGCUCCAGGUCUCGCACCAACAGCCCGAGCCAGGAGGAGAAGAUCACCUUCAUCACCAGCUUCGGGGGCAGCGAUGAAGAGGGAGCCCCUGGGAGAGCAGCCUCCACCGCAGCCUCCAAGAACAGUCCUGCCUCUGCCUCUGCCUCUACGGCAGCCUCCGCCUCAGCCACAGGUCAUAGCAGCUCCUCCCGGCGGCGCUCUACCUCCUCUUCCUCGUCCUCUUCCUCCUCUUCCUCGUCCUCGUCUUCCUCCUCGUCCCGCUCGAGGUCAGGCUCCAGGUCGCGGAGAGGUCAGCGCAGGACUGGCCGGUGCAGUCGCUCGCGGUCUCGCACACGCCGCAGGUCUGACUCGGACAGCAGGGGGCGCCGGCGCUCUCGAUCGCACAGCCGGGGGAGGCGCUACUCCGGGGGGACACGCACGCAAUCACGCUCACGGACACGCUCCCGCUCCACAGACAGGGUGCGAUACUCCUCCUCCCGCAGACGCACCAGGUCCGGGAGUCGAUCUCGCUCGGUGGAUCGGUAUCGCAGGGGCGGGCUCAGUAGUGGCGGGGGGGCCAGGCAUCACAGCAGCAGUCGAAGUGAGAGCCAGUCAGCCAGCCGCUCCCCCUCCCCCUCCCCCCCCAGCAGGAACAAGAGCAGACAGCCUGCUGCAUCGCCUGGAAUCGGGGACAAACUGAGAAAGGCUGAAACUCCUGCUGGUAAAGAGUCUGGAGCUGCCAAAUCGAAGCUGACCCCCCAGGAGAGGCUGAAGCUCCGCAUGAACAGGGCGCUUAACAGACAGCUUAAAGCCGAUAAGAAGGCUGCUCAGGAGAAGAUGCAACAGCAAGAGCACGAGAGACAGGAGCGCGAGGAUGAGCUGAGGGCCAUGGCUCGCAAAAUCAGGAUGAAGGAGCGGGAGAGGCGAGAGAAGGAGAGGGACGAGUGGGAAAGACAGUACAGCAGACAGAGCCGCUCUCCUUCUCGGUCACCCAAGCACAGUCGUGAGCACGGUUCGUCUAGAAGGCGUUCCCGAUCCCGUUCUAGAAGCCCACACUACCGAUACUGAACUGCCACAUAGCUCUGUUUAAUUCAGGACUAUCGCCAUCGUCUCUUUUCAAGAGAUUAAGUAACAACCACUUUGAAUGACACCAUCUGAUCAAUUCUGCUAUUAUUAUGUAAAACCGUGCUGUUCUGCGCUUUGCACUUGCUUUUUCUGUUUUGCUGCCAUUGAGCAGUGCGUACCGCUAAGAAAUACGAACUGCUCACCCGUCACCUCCCCAUCGAGGGCUCGCCACACAGAGCUUACCAGGAUUCCAACAGCAGGCAAAGAAGCAGCCCCAGGAAAAGCUUGAACGUUCACUGGUCUGCAGCUGCACAGACUUGUUGCAGCCAACCAAAGGAGAAGCUUGUGGUCGCUGUGGUUUGGUAAGAAGUGUGAAAGCAAAAGGUUUGUUGUACAGUCCUCGCUGUGACCACCUUCUAACCCUCUGUUCACACCUGAACAUCAAAUACUCGGUCGAGCUACCACGAAACAUCUUCAUUUUAUAACCCGUUUCCUGAUCCUGUAGAGCAGUUUUAAAGUCACUUGGACUAAACCGCGAUGGUUGAGUCACACACACACACACACACACACACACACACACACAGAUAGAGAGGGAGAGCUAGUUGCCACAUAACUGUCAAGUUCCACUGUAGCUGCUUCUAUUGCUGUGCUGUUCAGCGUUUGCAUUUGCUUCAAUGAUUCUUGACCCCGCUGCAGCUGCCUGGCUGCUGUUGCUUAUUAAAGGUUUAGGAGGCUCGUUCAGCAUGCUGUCGGGGCUGGACUAACUUUUUAGCCCAGAUGCUAGUAAGUGUUACUGAAUUAGGGGGUGCACAGUGACCCCUAUAUGCCAUAGAGGGAGUUGUGGCAGUCAUGCUGUUUCAGUGCUUUGUAUAACUCUAGAAAUACCUUUUCACAGUUUAGUCCCCAAGUGGCUUCUUAAGCACAGUGUACUACUGGCAGCAUGAUAUACAAUCUCCACAUGAGCCUUGUGAUCCACUGCACAGUAUGAGGUGGAUCAAUGUGCUAACGUCACAAUACAUAUGGGCUACUCUGUAUGACCUGUAAUGAGAUGCAUCACAAUGGGUAAAGGGCUCUGAUUUUCUUCUCCUCUUCAGAGGUGUAAUUCAUUACUUUUGAGUCGAAUGGGAAUCUUAAUUGACCUGCAGACUUCUACAGGUGUAUGAGAAAUAGAAUCACUUAACACUGCAUAUCUCGCUGCAAGAAAAGAUAUCUGCACUUCAAGCAGUCUCGUGUAUGUCCAUAUAUAGAGAAUAUUGUAUUGGGUGCGAUGCAAGCUGAUAUCCACUUCUCGACCGGUCAGAGCAUCUCCCACGAGUGGAUGAAAAUCAGCUUGUGUCUUGCACAGCACCCUAUGUUAUAUUUGUAUUAUGUCAUCCAUAACUGUUAAAUGUUAAAUAGUGCUGAAUUUAUUAAGCUGCUUUUGCUAUUUCUAUAUUUUUAGAAUAUUCAGUAUAGCUAGUUUUGUGACAUCAUUUCCGUUGGAUAUAGAUUCCAGGUGGCUGUAUGACAUCAUUAUCAGGGUCUGGUUUGUAUCCUACAUGUAUGACAUCAUUAUCAGGGUCUGGUUUGUAUCCUACAUGUAUGACAUCAUUAUCAGAGUCUGGUUUAUAUCAUACAUGUAUGACAUCAGUAUCAGGGUCUGGUUUGUAACCUAUAUGCUUAAACCCCUGUUAGUAUUUAUUCUUCGGUAUAAGACUUUGAAACCAGUAGAUCAGCUACUAGCUUGUUUCUGCACUCUGGAAGCACUAAAUGGGCAAUUUUUACAUUUUAAAUGAUGUUGCAGAAUCCUACUGUGCAAUUAGGAGUUCCACUCGCUUUGAAAGAAAUGAGUAACACCAUCAAGGGGAGGAGAAAAUCAGAACUCUGCCCACCCGUUACUGUUUUAUAUCGCUCCUCAAAUUAUCGUAUCCGCAGAUAAUUGGAGUAUUUUAUUUACAAGAGAGUACUGUGAAGUGAGGUACAUUGUGAAACCUCUAUGAACUAACAAGGACUGGGUGGGGGGGGGGGUGUUGUGUGCAGAGGGAUGAAUUCCAAUGAACCCUUCAGUAUACAGGGUGGUUAUUAAGUGGGUGUGUCACCAGCACGCAGAGAGAGCAGGUUUUCUCUGUGGCAGAGGAGCCACGCGGCUGUGCUGUGACUGAGUUCUGUAUCCCGAUACCGUCUGAUGGGCAAGACUGUAAAUCUACCUUUAGUGGAGUAAAGACAUUUUCAAUCUUCUGUGUAAAUGGCUGUUUUAAACUAUCAAAUACAGUACAUGUUCAAUAAAAAGUACACUAUUCACUCGUA